GUUAGAGUUACUAAGCUACUAGUUAGUGUCCAACAGAUUGAAUUGUAUUGUAUUUUUUUUGAAGUAAUGGUUGAAAUUUUGACUUUAAUCGCAGAUGUGGAGGAGAAAGUCUCUAACAUGCUUGAAAUCAUUGAUGAUGAUGGAGAUUCCUUUGCACAAAGAGCAAAUAUGUAUUAUAGAAAGAGACCAGAGCUUUUAGCCAUUGUUGAAGACACUUAUCGAGCUUAUCGAGCAUUAGCUGAGAGAUUUGAUUACUUAUCAAGGGAUCUACAAAGUGCCAACCGCACCAUUGCCACUGUGUUCCCUGAUCAAGUUCCAUAUUCCCUUCAUGAUGAAGAUGACGAAAAUAGUUGCCUUGUAUUGACUUCUUCAAGCCUCAAUAAAUCAAAGUCGUUGAAACCGGGAUCAAGAGUUCCUUCGCCAAAGACAGAUUUCCGGAGCCAGUCGAUGUUGUUGUUGCGAAAGGGACAGUUAAAGAAGGCUUUUAGUUCAGCUAAAGCUGCUUCGUCUCUGAAUUCGGGGUUGAGCAAAGAGGAGGCAUUGGAAGAAAUAAACAAGCUUCAAAAGGAGAUUCUAGAAAUGCAAACCGAAAGGGAGCUUGUGAAGAACUCGUAUGAGCAAGGGUAUAACAAGUUGUGCGAGAUCGAAAACGACAUAACCGAAAAGCAAAAGAGGAUAUACAGUUUGCAGGAUGAGUACGAUAUUAGAUCUGCCAUCGACGAUAAUGAAGCUCGGAUUUUGAUGGCGAAUCGAGUUCUUAAAACGUGCCAAGAGUCUUUGGUUAAGUUGCAAGAAACACAUGAGCAAUCAACUGAAGAAGGAAGAGUUGAAUCCAAGAGGAUUAAGAAAGUAAAUGAGGCGUUUGAAGCUCUUAGGAAGAAGUUUAAUUCCCCACAAACAGAUCAGCAGAAGCAAAAGAAGGCGAGUUCAGCUAGGGAUGUUGAUAACAUGGUUUACGAAUUCAACAGUGCGGAAAAAGAGAGAGAGUAUAUGGAAUUACUGCAAAAGGAGAUAGAGGAGAAGCUUGAAUUAGACUCGAGUUCCUCUCUUACAAUGUCGCAGCUUGCAGAUAAAAUUGAUGACCUUGUACAAAGAGUUGUUAACAUGGAAACUGCAGUCUUUUCUGAGAAUGCUUCGGUAAAAAGAUUGAAAUCGGAUGCCGAUGAGCUUCAGGAACACGUUAAGAGCCUCGAAGAAGAUGAGGAAGUGCUAGCUGAAGGCUCGGACAGCAUGGAACAGAGGAUUAGUGUGUUGGAGGGGGAACUGAGUGGGGUUAAAGAGCUUCUAAAAACUAUUAUAGAACAAAAUAACAGCCUCAAAGCUCAUUUCACUGCAGCAAGUUGUGAUAUCAAUCAUUUAUCAGUGAAUUUACAUGCGGUGAAGAUGGAUGAGGAGGUCGAGAAUGCCGAACUCUCCAAAGAAGGAAAGCCCAAGGUGGAUGCCAAACCAAAUAGGAAAACCAAAGAAUAUUGUACCGAGCUGCUUCCUAGGGAUAGUCCAGCCUUAGACACUGGGAGUGAAAUGGAAGAGAAGGAUGAAGACGUCUCAGCUGAAGAAAUAAACACUGUUGACUCUGAAUCAAGAAAUAAGUUUGAUGUUGAUUCGACAAAGGAUUCGGAAGUGAUAAAUGAAUUCAAAGAUGAGAAGAAAUCUUUGUCCAAAACAGCAAGCUGUACCACUGAUACAGAGAAUCCACAAGUAGAGACCGAAGAAGAAGAGCUACCAAACUGGAGGAACCUGUACUUGAGUGGAUUGGAUGAGAGGGAAAAGGUUUUACUCGAUGAGUACUCUUCAGUUCUUCAUAAUUAUAAGGAUGUAAGAAAGAAGCUUAAAGAAGUAGAUCAGAAAAACCGAGACAGUUUCUACGAAUUGGCAUCUCAGAUCAAGGAACUGAAGAGUGCUCUCGCAGCCAGAGAUGAAGAGAUUCAAUCUUCACGCCAACACUUGAGCUUUAUCGACGAAAAUAAGGAUGGGAACUUGUCAGAAUAUGAAGCAUCCCAUGCAAUCAUGAGCCCGGAAUCUACGUUGACAGAGUCUAUUCAGGCAUCACCUGUAGCAGCAGGUGAGGGGAAAGGUGAACCCAUUGAAAAUCCAGGCGAGGGGAAACGUGAAUCCACUGAAAAAGCAGGUGAGGGGAAAGGUGAAUCCAUUGAAAAUCCAGGUGAGGGAGAAGGUGAAUCCAUUGAAAAUCCAGGUGAGGGAGAAGGUGAAUCCAUUAAAAAAGCAGGUGAGAAAAGUAAAGGAGAUGCUAUGCAGGCAAGGAGUUUGACUCGAUCUCGUUCUAUUUUAACCGUAGAAGAUAAAAUCCGGUCUGACAUAGAUGAGUUGCUUGAGGAAAAUCUAGCCUUUUGGUUGAGGUUCAGCACAUGUUUUCAUCAGAUACAGAAAUAUCAAAAUUCAGUCAAGGACUUGAAAGCUGAGUUAUCAAAAAUGAGAGAAAGAAAGAAGCAAGAAGCAGGUGGAAAGGAAGAGCCUGUUGGAUCAGAGGCACGCCCCAUUUACGCUCAUUUCCGAGAAAUCAAAACUGAAUUGACGCUAUGGUUGGAAAACAAUGCGGUGUUGAAAGACGAAGUGCAAUGUCGAUAUUCUUCGUUGUGCAACAUCCAAGAAGAGAUAGAAAGGAUCAGCAAUGUCAGUGGCCAUGAAGGAGAGCCUCAGUUCAAUGGAUACCAGGCCGCAAAGUUUCAAGGUGAGAUUAUAAACAUGAAACAAGAAAACAAUAAGGUUUCCAACGAAUUAAAUGCAGGCUUCGACUGUGUAAAACAACUCAAGGAGGAAGUUGAGAAUUUGAUGGUCGAGUUGGACAAGGAAAUCGAAGCUGCAACAUCGAAAAAUCAACAAUCCGUGUCAAGAUCACGAUCUAGAAUCCCUCUUCGGUCUUUCUUAUUCGGAAUUAAGUUAAAGAACAAAUGGCAGCAAAAGGGGCCAUCAAUGUUCGCCUGCGGGCAUCCGACUUUGCAGAGACAAUAUAGUUACCUUACAGAUCCUACUGAUCCUUCAUGAUAGACUGUAAUUUUCUUACGACACUAUUGGGAAGAUUUCUCUUUUCUUUUUCUAACAGGUUAAAACUCUUUUUUUUCAUUUAGAGUUUAAUUAUUCAUAAUGGUUUAGAAUUCCUUUGAUCUUGUAUCAUAAUUCUAAUGUAGAACUAAGAAAUGUUUCUAUGAUUAUUGUCUGUUGAUUCUGUCGUUCUCCAUUCAUGGACUUAAGAUCAAUGCAAAUCAAAGUUCUCAA